AUGAGUGGUUAACUAGGAGGUAUUGAGUUAAAUAGUGAUUAAAAAGUCUCUCCUGAGCUUUAAAAGACAGAGACUAACUUAUUCUAAUUGGUUUCUAAUUUAGAAUAAAUACGACAUAAAGAAAUGAAAUAUAUAAUUGAUCUUGAAAGUCUCUCUAAAGGAAAAACUCAAAUAGAAUUAAAAGACACAACAUCAAAUCCAGGUCCUUUAGGUUUAUUAGGGUUUGGUUUGACAACAUUUUUAUUGAAUGUACAUAAUGUAGGAUUUUAUGAAUUUGACUCAAUGAUUAUGGGAAUGGGUAUUUUUUACGGAGGGAUAGCUCAACUUAUUGCUGGAAUUAUGGAAUGGAAAAAAAACAAUCUAUUUGGUUCUAUCGCAUUUAUUUCUUAUGGAUCUUUCUGGAUAAGUCUUAUUGGAUUAUUACUUUUACCAAAAACAGGAGCAGUAGUGGCUGCAAAUAAUAAUUCUAUGGGAACUUACAUGCUAAUAUGGGGAAUUUUUACUUUAGGAAUGCUAAUUGCGACAUUAAAAAGAUCAAAUAGAGCACUCAAAAUAUUGUUUUUCACACUUUUUAUUCUUUUCAUGCUUCUGUCAAUUCAUUUUUAUGCUUAAAAUGCUAUACUUUAGAGAGCAGCUGGUGUAGAUGGUAUUUUCUGUGGCUUAUUAGCUAUCUAUAUUGGCAUUGCAGAAAUUUUAAAUUAAACAUAUGGUACAAUAAUUUUACCUCUUGGUGCGUUAAAAAAUUGAUAUGAUGAUAUAAUU